AUGCACGAGUCUACUCUACCUGACAAUGAAAACUCGUUUUCUUUGGCCGAUGAUGAUCCCAUGCCCAUGGAUAAUGUUUUGGGGGAUGAUGAGGCCUUGCCUCAAAGGCGCAGGCAGAUGGCAGCAGGGGAACGAGACACUUAUCUCGCCGAACUGAUCCGGUUAGAUGGACGCAGUGAUAGCUCUAGCAAUGUGUGCGGGGAAUGUUGUGCCCAUGCACAAUUUCGAUGUCUGGAUUGUGACAACUUGCAACUGUACUGUCGCGGAUGCACUGUGGCCAAUCACUCGUGGUCUCCUACCAAUCGAAUACAGGUCAUGUCAUUGAAGGCUCUCAGCCUUCAUAUCCAGCUUGGGCAUCCUGUGUUUAACGGCAAGUUUGUGCUAAUAGACACGAAUGGCAUUCAUGAAGUCGGGUUGGAUUUCUGUGGAUGUGAAACUUCAAACUCGCAUGUCAGACAGCUUCUUCGCCACGGAUGGUUCCCAUCAACAUCAACUGACCCGAGGACUGCAGCUACCUUUCAACUGCUGUGCCAUUUCCAACUUCUAUCAUUCAAAUCAAAGGUGUCCACCUAUGAGUUCUACCACUCACUAGUUUGUCUGACGGAUAAUAUGGGUCUCACAAAACCCAAGUGGCGACAUCUCAAGAUUUUGAAACACUUUGGUCGUGGACAUGAAGAGGGCAGUGUUAAUGGCACAUCACAAGGUGAAUGUGUCAUUAUCUGUCCAGCUUGUCUGCAGCCUGGUAAGAAUUUGCACAAAGGCUGGGCACUUGCGACGAAAGCCAACCAGUGGUUGUACGCCACAUUUUUGGCAAUUCACGUGAACUUUUGCUUAAAAAGACACAAUGUAUCGAGCGACGAGGCAGAUCCCAGUUUGUCUACAGGGUGGUCAUAUUUUGUGGAGGAGGCCGACUACAAGUCCUAUCUAGGCCAACAUCUUGGAGAAAAAAGCACAUGCUCCAGUCAUAACGCGGUGAAUAUGGCCAACACUAAACCAUCGCAGGGACUGGCUGCCACUGGUGUUGGCACGAUAGACUGUGCAUGUCAUAACAUGAAGCAUGCUAAUGGAGUCGGUGAUCUACAGAAGGGUGAGAAGUAUAUCAACAUGGAUUACCUUUUCUUCUCCAGCUUGCACGACAAUUCAGUCAAAAUGUUAAAUGUGUCCUACAACAUCACGUGUCAGUGGCAUAAACACCUCUGGUCAUGCAUGGAAUCCCUCCCUCAUUCCCAUCAUUUAGAUUAUCUUUCAAAGGUCAUCCACUUCUUUGUGCCAAAGUUUCACCUUCCCGCGCAUGUCACAAAGUGCCAGACUAGAUUCUUGUUCAACUUCACUCGUUUUGUUGGCCACACGGACGGCGAAGCCCCAGAAAGAGGAUGGUCAAAUAUUAAUCCUGUGGCUGCAAGUACAAAGAACAUGGGCCCAGGGUGUCGGCGAGACACGCUGGACGACCAUUUCGGCGACUGGAACUGGAAGAAGGUGGUAGGGUUGGGCGCAUCUCUCCUCCACAAGAUGAAAGACGCUCGUGUUGAAAGGGCUGAACACCAAGCAGCUUUCAAGGAGUUUGAUACCGUGAUUACCCCCAAACAUCGCGCAACAUGGCUAAAUGAAAUUGAGGCCUGGGAAGAGAAUCCUAACGACUUGACACUGGCCAAUCCGUUUGAAACCAAAUCUAUUGCAAUCACACAGGCAGGCGCAUGGCGAAAACUAGCCGAGCUGGAAGCUGACGAGCUACAGUGCAGGGUAGAUGUCUCCCUGCACCCAGAAAUAUCACCUAGCAUACUCAUUGCAUCUGGCCUAGAUCUCGAAGAUGAACAAUGUCGUCUUAGUUCUCUGAUUGACUCCAUAGGCCCUCAUGCCACUGAUAUACAGCAGGGCAGCCUCAUUCGGAAGCGCAACUCUCUCCGGCAUAAAAUUGAGACCUGGAGGGGUGUCCAGGUCCUUUACAUGCCUGCAGUACAGAGUCUUAUUCAAAGAGGGCACGAAGACCACAAGAAUGCCGAAGAUCUUACAUUGUGGCUACCUUCACGGCUACGGAACAAACCUUGCGAUCAGCACCUCCAGAAUGACGAGUGGGAACUACGGUAUGCACAAGCUCAUGAUGCCCUCGAAGAACUCUGUCAGUGUCUUCGGAUACACUUCUCGCUUCUGACAUUCAAGCAUGAAUGGAUGCAUGGUCAAGGUGCCAAUACACGAGGCCAGAACGCCCUCGCUCAUGUCCACGCUCGGCACACUAUGUGCAUCAAUCGCUACAGGUCAGCUUGGACGGCAUUAAAGUCUCUGGCCAUGCUAUUGAAGAAGAAGGACUGGCAUGGAAAGUUGCAGGAGCUAGUGGAUGACCAUAUCAAGCCGCUCGUGGAUCCUUUCAGUGUCGGACAAGGACGACGUCAGGUUUCGUGGAUCUGGAUGAUGGAGGGCAUCGAUUGUAAUGGCAAUGAGAGUACUGAUGACGGUGUGUGCAUUGAAUGGUGCAAGAGCCGUGCAAGAGCCCUACGUUGGACAGAAGAGAUAGAAUUGUUGACAGAGGAAAUGGGGAGAGUCGUCCGUUUUUUCAACUGGGAGGUACAGCGGUGGGAAGAAUGGAGAAGUCACUGUGUGGGGGGGAACUCGGCUGAUACUGAAGGUUUACAGGCAUAUGCAGCGCGACAGGCUGAUAUCCGUUGGAGGCUCGCCAAUCAUUUUGGUUGUCUUUGGGCGCCUUACCUGCCCCAGAUGCUGGACCUAUCUCUGUCUAUCACAUCCCCUGAGCGCGAGCUGCAAUUACCUGACUUAACGAUCCCCAAUGUCCCCCUUGAUGGGUACUGA